UAAGCUUGUCCCCAAAUCCCCAAGCCCCAAGCCCCAAGUCUUGAUCGAUCAUCAUGCAACUUAUGGGAUGUAGUCGAAGCCUGUUUGCUAGGUUUAACGUGGCGUGCAGAGUCCGGCGGUUUUAUGUUUCACGUCCAGCCGCCACCAGCUACCCUAAGAACAAGGAGUGGGACUACUUCAAGGGUAUUAUUCCUAUGUCAGCGGUGGCGAGCCGACGCUGGUUUCAAGGGAGCAGGACGCUUGCAGAACAGAAGGUAGAUCAUCUGAGGGCUUUCAAGCACCUGAUGGACUCCGGUUAUGAAGUGGAUACCAAACUUACCCAUGGUUCUACUGACCGUAAACAGGAUUACCCCAAACUUACCGAUGGGUCUGAUGGCCACGCGAAGGUUGAUGUCGAGGUGCUAAAAGGGAAGAAUCUGUUUUUGUUCUUUUCAAGCCUGGACAUUUCUAACGGUGAUUAUAUUCGACUUCUGAAUUUAGUUUAUGAUGAGGUAAGAAACAGAGGCCUUACGUAUAAAUUUAAGAUUGUAUGGAUCCCUGUUGUGAAGCAGUGGAAUGAACACGCACAGAAUGAUUUUGUCAUGUUGAGGUCUAAUAUGCCAUGGUACACUAUGUCACCCAAAUUAGAAGGCGACAUCAAGAAUAAGUGGGGUUACAAGGGUAAGCCUAUCUUGGUUGUGAUGGACGCAUAUGGCGAUGUGGAAAUCACCGAUGCUUUCCCCUUGAUUCGGGACAAGGGAGUGCAGAACUUUCCUUUCGACGAUGUUUCCAAUUAAAAACGGAUCGAUCAUUUGGUAUGGAUAUUGUAAUCUUAAAAGUUA